CUCGGGCAGGCAGGCAGGUAGGGAGGGAGCGGCGCUCGCGCGCCUUGGACCCGAGAGGAGACAGUGCGGGGCCGCGCCAGGCUGGGCCGCGCCGCCGGCAGGAGGAAUCAUGACGACCUCAGGAAAAGAGAACUUUCGCCUGAAGAGCUACAAGAACAAAUCUCUAAACCCUGACGAAAUGCGUCGCAGGCGAGAGGAAGAGGGUCUUCAGCUGCGGAAGCAAAAGAGAGAGGAACAGUUGUUUAAACGCCGGAAUGUUGCAACAGCGGAGGAAGAAGCAGAGGAGGAAGUGAUGUCAGAUGGUGGCUUCCAUGAGGCACAGAUGAACAAUAUGGAGAUGACCUCUAGUGCUGUCAUCACCUCUGAUAUGAUUGAGAUGAUUUUCUCCAAUAGUCCAGAACAGCAGCUUUCAGCCACCCAGAAAUUUCGCAAGCUACUCUCUAAAGAACCAAAUCCUCCAAUAGAUGAAGUCAUAAGUACACCAGGGGUUGUGGCCAGAUUUGUGGAGUUCCUCAAACGAAAAGAAAACUGUACACUACAGUUUGAAGCUGCUUGGGUGCUGACAAACAUUGCCUCGGGAAAUUCCCUUCAGACUCGAAUAGUGAUCCAAGCAGGAGCUGUCCCCAUCUUCAUAGAGCUGCUCAGUUCAGAGUUUGAAGAUGUACAGGAGCAGGCAGUAUGGGCUCUUGGCAACAUUGCUGGAGACAGCACUAUGUGCAGAGACUAUGUAUUGGACUGUAAUAUCCUGCCCCCUUUAUUGCAACUGCUUUCAAAACAGAAUCGUCUCACUAUGACCCGAAAUGCUGUAUGGGCUCUAUCCAACCUCUGCAGAGGGAAGAAUCCUCCUCCAGAUUUUGCCAAGGUUUCACCUUGUCUUAGUGUGCUUUCCUGGCUGCUCUUUGUCAAUGAUACAGAUGUAUUAGCUGAUGCCUGCUGGGCUUUGUCCUAUUUGUCUGAUGGCCCCAAUGAUAAAAUCCAGGCUGUGAUUGAUGCAGGAGUGUGCAGAAGACUUGUGGAAUUGCUGAUGCACAGCGACUACAAAGUUGUAUCUCCUGCCUUACGAGCUGUCGGGAACAUUGUAACAGGAGAUGAUAUCCAGACCCAGGUAAUUCUGAAUUGUUCAGCCCUGCAGAGUUUACUGCACUUGCUAAGCAGCCCAAAAGAAUCUAUCAAAAAGGAAGCGUGCUGGACAAUAUCUAAUAUAACAGCUGGGAACAGAGCCCAGAUCCAGACCGUCAUAGACGCCCAUAUCUUCCCAGCUCUUAUAAAUAUUUUGCAAACAGCUGAGUUUCGGACAAGGAAAGAAGCUGCAUGGGCAAUCACAAAUGCAACAUCUGGAGGCUCUGCUGAACAGAUCAAGUAUUUAGUAGAACUGGGGUGCAUCAAACCACUCUGUGACCUCCUUACAGUAAUGGACUCAAAGAUUGUGCAAGUAGCACUGAAUGGCCUGGAAAAUAUCCUGAGGCUUGGAGAGCAGGAAUCCAAACGCAGUGGCACUGGCAUUAAUCCUUACUGUGCUCUUAUUGAAGAAGCAUAUGGCCUGGACAAGAUUGAAUUCCUACAGAGCCAUGAGAAUCAAGAGAUUUAUCAGAAAGCCUUUGAUCUGAUUGAGCACUACUUUGGGACAGAAGAUGAAGACAGCAGCAUUGCCCCACAGGUGGAUCUUAGCCAGCAGCAGUACAUCUUCCAGCAGUGUGAGGCUCCCAUGGAAGGCUUCCAGCUCUGAGGUGUCCUUAUGCUGAGUGCUACUCUACUUAGCCAAUCCUGUUGUCGAGCCACAAGCCACCCGUGGAGUGAUUCUCUCGAUGUUUUCCAUAACCCUGUUUGCGCUCAUUCGCUUGCCUUGUGCACAUGCUCUUACAUACAUCUGGAAAACCUUUGGCUCUCCGUGGCAGGAUGUCCUCUCCUUGGCAAGGGGUCACCAGAAUCACCCUUCUUCUCUAGAUUCUGAAACCUCUCCACUGUCGUCUUUGUGGAGCUGAGGCACCUUUCUAUACUUUGAGAUAUUCCCCACUCCUAUUGCAGGAAAAUAAUCUCUCUUCUGCUAGCCCCCACAUUCCUGGUAUCCAAGAUGAGGCUACCUUUCUCAUGCAUUUGCUGCAGUGUGUGCCUGCAGUCCAGGAAGACAUUCAGACUUUCUGAGAAUCUAGCUUAAUUCAUUUCCCAUACUCUUCCCUGGUUGCCUCUCUGGAUGGCAGUGUGAGGUGUAUUAAAUCUUGAAAUGCAAUGUAUCUACUUUGCUGUAUGUGCCAGCCUGGGUUAUUGGCAUAUAGAACAUGUUACAAAUAAUGGAGUAAGUUCUCUAUCCCCUGCAACAACGGGCUACAAUGGACAUGUUUUCCGGUUCUUAAGAAUACUGAACACAUCUGGCCCUAUCCCUUCCUAAAACUGAGCUCCCAAGCUGGACUGCAGACCACUGUGGAGAUUUGUAUACCUUCACAGUUUCUCCUUUCCACCAACAAAAAAGAACCUGUGAAUAUGUCACUCUUACCACAUCCCCAGAAAUGACUUUCCAAACCAGCUUCUAGAAUGGAGAAACUACCCCUGUUUCUGCUUUCCAACUCAGCGUGACCCAACGGGGCCUGCAGCCCUUUUUGACUUCAUGCACCUGAGUCUGUCUUUGGUAAUGUAGUUAUGGCUGAAAAUUUCCUGUCUGCCUCUUUACAUUUUUAUGCAGCUUGACUCGAACAGAUUUCUCUUCUGAAAAAAUACCUUCUGAAUACAAAAUCCUAAUUUGCAAAACUUAGCACAAGGAGUGUUAGCCCUCCUUUUCAUUUUCAAGGGAUAGAGCUUCCUCUCCAGCUCACCUAAUGAAAUAGAAUCCUCUUGAUCAAAUCCCAUAUUUAAACAACUACAAUGACACUACAUUCAAAGGAUGAUAAUAUUCCACCCAGAUCUGCCUGGCCCUUUCAUUUCAUUUUCCUUUUGCUGUUUACGGGACUUCAGGUGAAUUAGCAUGGAACGCGUGGUUCCUACAGGUGACAUCUGUAUGGCAUCGCUGACUGCAUGACAGCUGUAUGUGCAGCUGUAGACUGCCCUUCUGCUAGCAGCAUGUUCUUGGCUCUGCAGCCUGCUUGGAUCACAGAUGUCUGAUGCAAAGGCCAGCCACUCCUCACUGAUUUCAGCUGAUAUUGGCAACAUACUCUUCACACAACAAGGCAGAUGCCACCUGAUUGAAAGUGACGGUUUCGUUUCUGUAAAUGCAAUUGAUUCUCCAGGCCGUCUGCUCCUCCCUGCAUUGGGCUAUGUUCUUUCAAGCCAUUUUGGACGUUUGGACCACACAUUUGUCCAGUAUAAACAUUUCAAAAUUGCCACUGACUACUGCAGUGUCAUGUACCUGUGGUAAGUGUUGUUGGCAGAACUGUCUGCAGGAUCCUCCUUAUGACUCCUUUUAGUGACAAGCCACUGCAAAAGCAAAACCAACUCAUUGGAUACAGAAUAAUAAUAAAAAAUAGAUAAAACACCUGUGAAACUGCUGAAAAAAGCUAGGCAAAGGCCUGAACAUCAGCUCUGUGUGAUCAUUAUUUAAAUAUAGUCUUCAGUUCUGUCUGUGCUUCAGGAUGGAGACUUUGAGCUGUGUGGCCACUGCAGAAGCCACCUGCUGCCUCCCUAGCUAAUACUGUUGGCCUCCACCUUCCCUCCCCCGGUUAUUUUCUCUAGUGCUGCUUUGUGCUGAAGGAACAUUUAGUUUACUGCACUUGAUCUGUAAAUGGACUUCAAUUCUUUGUAAUUUUAGGGGGUUAAAUUUGGUGGUUAAUUUAAAAACAAAAAACCCUCAAUGUUGCCUUUACAUCACAUAUAAAUAACUGUGUUUCUCUUUCUUGAAGGGUGAUAGAAGCACUGAUGAGUAGCAAAAUCUUGUUUUAGCUUUUGGAUUUUUUUGUGCUGGAUUUUUUUACGUGUAAAUUUCCAAUAACAUGUCAUUUCUAUAAGAUUUGUUUAAAAUCAUGUACCUCUUAUUGGAUGGUAUAAAAAUGCUACAUAUUUUGUAAACAAAUCUGAGCAAAGUGUGUGUGUAUAUAUUCUGUAUAUUCAUAUAUGUAUAUUCUGUGUAUAUAUACACUUGUGUGUAUAUAUACAUAUAUAUACACACACACGUAUAUAUAUACACACAUGCACAUGUGUGUAUUUAUAUACAUAUCUAUAUAUCUAUAUAUCUAUAUAUAUAUAUAUAAGUGUUUUCUCUUCCAGGCUAGUGAAAACAAUGUGGUGCAUUGGCGUUCCCCCUUUGCCCUCCCCCCAAGAAAAUAAUGACAAUUGCCUCUAAAUGAGUAAAUUAAAAAAGAGUCCAUUUAAGCUGAAUGGUGUGCCUUCCUGUGUAAGGAUCCUGGCCCGUUGUUUGUUACUUUUGCAGUGGAUAUGUGAAUUCAGAUCAGAUAAGUAUAAAUCUUUAAACUUGGUAUGUGUGUUUGAAGUGACAGGCUUGGUUGACACACGUAAUAAUGUUGUUGUCAUAUAUACUUAGACUGUGUAAGGCAUUUGACUGGUACUGCAUAACAUUUUGACUGAAAACUAAAACAAUACAAAAAUUAACAUGGCACACAUUAAAUGGAUUAAAAAUGUGGCUAACUCAUAGGUCUCAAUUUAAUUUUAAAUGGUCUUCCUUGAGUGUAUUUCUGGCAGGAUCUUCUAGCAACCAGUUCUUCUCCUUGUUUUAUUUAGAAUUAUUAAGGACUUGAAAAGAAGCACAAUCCACUUCUAACAAGUUCCAGGUUAAAUGAAUAUAGGAGGAAGAUCAGACUUGUGAAGAGUCAAAGGAAAAGCUCAUGGAUACAGACUGUAAUUAUUUGAUAAACCAAGAGCAAGCAAACUACUUGAAUUUUAAUAGAGCUAAAUGUAUAGUGCAAGGUUACCCAUCUAAUAAAAAACAUUCAGGCCACAGAUAAAGGUCUCUAUUUUAGAUGAAAAGUAUCUCUGAAAAAGAUUUGGAGUGGAUAUCAGCAUGCUAAAAAUUUGGAAAUAGCAAUGAUUAUUAAAAGUUCAGAAGAUAUAUUCCAUUUGGAUGAGAAAUAAGGCACUUUUUACCCUUAAGAGUAACUAAUGGUUAGCCUGACAUUAGAAUAACAAGUGUUAUUCUACCAGAAGUGUUAUUCCACUGUGUUAGAAAUACUAAACCCAGUAUUCUCUGUUUUCUUAAAGGGCAUACUGCUGUUCGAACAAGAUUUAACUCAGGGAGUGCUUUCAUGAAGGUCACACUGUGUUUUAAAUGAUCUUUUCUUGUUCUGUAUGCAAGUAGGAAGUAGCAUAGUCUAAUGUUUAGAGGAUAGCAGGGAGCUGUUGGAGUUCUUGGUUUUUCUUAGCUCUGCCAUGCAGUGCGUAGUUCCAGAAAAGUGAUCGUAUGUAUUUUCUGCUUCCCUUAUUUUGGCAAUUGAAGUUAAUAAUUAAUUUGUUUUUAUCUGCUUUUGGAAAUCCUAGCUGAGCACCUUCCAAAAGGACCAUGAACUUAUAAGGUGAAAAGAUUCAUAAGAACAAAGAAUUUCUGAGUUUUUUUGCAGCAUCAGUAAUGAGCUGGAACUACUGCAUUCAUCUUUUUAACAAAAGAUGCAGGGCUGCUUGGUGGUGUUGUCUAGCAAUGCUGUCCAGACCGAUAGUGCCUUUCAGGUGUUGUAUAUUUGUUGGAGCAGCAACCAGGAGCUCCUUCCUUUUAUUGGUAAAGCUCUCAGUGGAACAUGGCAGGCAGGCGCGCUCCCUUCAGUUCAGGAUGUUGCACGAGGUGGUGGGGCAGAAGAUUAUUGAAAGCUUAGUCACUCAGCCAGGAUCAGUUUUCAGGGCACCUGGGAAGAUACCACCCAUACAAACAGAAUCAUUUGAGGCAACUGCUGCCUAGAAACCUCAGCCAGUGUUCAGCCUAAAUUCCUGUGCUGGUUCCUUGAUCCCAACCAAAUACAGCUGUUUGAUGUCUCUUCCCUAAGGGAGAGGAGAGAGUUAUUGACCCAAGAAAAUACCAAGUGCUUUUGAACCUGCUUUUCUGUAUUGAGACAGUAUUGAGACUGUUGAAGAACCAAAUCCUAUCUUCUAGUCCUAAAUGUGAUGGUGCUGGUGAUGCAACUCUGUGCUUCCUCGAUGAUUUUCAGAAUAUCUUUCUUGAGUCUGGGAAGUGUGCAACUCUGCCAGCUUCAAGUAAUAUCCCAUGUCUUCCACUGAGGUUUACUUCCUUCUCAAAUAGGCACAACACAUCAUUCCCUUCCAUGCCAGUUUUAGCCAUGAGAUACGAAGGUCUUCCUUCAAAUACCUGAGACUUAGCAGGAAAAUAAACAGGACCUCUCUGCAUACUACUAUGGCUAUGUCCAUAGGGCUCACACAUGCUCUACUGAGGCAGUGUGAUUAAUGUUGUUGGUUUUGUCAUUGCAUUGGGAGGCAUUGGUUGCCUUUUGAAUAGAUAUAACAAUAAGGCAUAUGAUAUAGGUUAAUGAUUUUACUUUUGAGAAAAAAUAUUACCCUGAAUUGUGCUGCCGACCUCUCAAAGGGGAGAAGGUGAAAUACUGUUCUAAGGACUUAGUAUGUUCCUCUUAAUUAGUCAGUUAAGAUGGUGUAGGCUAAAGCCAGGAGCCAGUUAGGUUAUACAUAGUGUAUUAAGAAGUUUUCCAGUCCACUAGAGUGGAUGCUUAGGCCGGAAGUCUGUGCUCUGUUUUUUAAAUAUUGCCAAGUGUUUUCUUGGGAGCCAUCAGGCUAGAAACGAAGUGACUUAUUUCCUUGUCCCUCUGAGAAAGAUUUACUUCAUUUUUCUAGUACUUAAAUACUUUCAAAGAAAAUAGUGCAAUGGUUGAGAGAGAGCUGGAGACUGCACACAGCCCAGGCUCAGGCUUUUGUAUGAGACUCUGGCGCUAAUGUGGAAGCAGAAAGAAAAUGCAAGUAUGUGCAGUGAUGCACAGGUUUUAUGGUAGAUCCUGAAAUGGUGGAGAUAUCAGACUGAUAGAAUGAAAGGAUAUAUGGCUACACAGAGCUUGUAGAAAACCAUUGGAGCCUUGAGUUCAAUUUUUAGGUAAACAGGGCAGAGUGUUUAGGUUUGUAAGUAAAAUGAAAAACUGGUGACUGAUGCUGCUCUGAGCUGUUGCUUUCUAAGUGAUAGACAUUUUUAUUUGAAGUGCUUUACUAGCUGGAUGAGUGCAAACAGUUUUAUGUUGAUAACUAGAUGAGAUGCAUGGCAAUUCUGUUCAGAGUGCACUCAGGUGCUUAUUGAAAGGGGAAUGCUUUUGAGAGAUGGAUAGUUUUAAGCUUUGCCAUCAGCAAGCCUAAAUUUAAUCCAUACAAGUUUCUCUGAAAUACUGUCUACAGUUCAUGUUCUCCUUUUUAGUCUUGUUUCAAACAUACACAAACACAUGCAUACACUCUGGGAAGAUUUUUUUUGAUUCCCACAUCUGAGUUUACUAGUGUGGCAUAGAAACAGAGCUGUCAUGAUAGAUCCCUUUACUUAUCUGCAGUGGAAUUAAGCAUGAUUUGCCCUCAAUGCUAACUGAGUGGACAAGUCUAUGGGAGCCUAUUUGGUUUCAGCGACAGCAUACUUAGGAUGAUGACCUUAGGGAGAAUCUGGUAACAGGUCUCGGAGACACCUGAAGGUUACUAACUUCUGUGGUGGAAUGACUGCACAGGUUGGUUGAUUGGUUACAUCUCAUCAAUAUGAGUGGUACUCAGAAUUGUAAUCAAUAAAAAAGAUGGACUGUAGCAGUUACAUUCUGUCUCUAGAGGAAAGGACAAGGUAAUACAGAAGUCCGUGCUGGAUAUCUCAUUGCUUCUCUUUUCCAAUUAUAAAGAUAAGCAAGAUGUACCCUGCAUUUUUGUAGCGCUUUUAUUUUUUUAAGAAAUAUUGCUAACCUUUAGUGGUACUAAUGGUUCAAACCGUAUUUGUCUCCCAGUAUCAGAAAGUUCACAAACUGCAUCUGUUCAAACAUAUGUCUCCUCUAUUUCUAGAGUCCCUAGUGACCUGUUAGCAGGCAGUCCUGGGAAAUUACAUGCUUUCGAACAGUCCUGAUGAUAGUCCCAAUUUACAUUUCCUUCCAAGGGAGCUGAAGGGAAGAGGAAAAACACUAGUCUCCAGUUGAAGGCUGUUCAGUAUGAACAGUACACAACUAUUCUGGGAUGAAUGCCAGAAAUAGGACUGUUGGGAGUAGCUCUAUACAGGUGUCUGUGGCUCUUGUGUUUCUAGAUUUGAGGCACAAGGUAAAAUAAAUGAUCCUUCUCUUAA